AUUAGCGUAUGACGUCAUCCAGCGAGAGCUACUUUUCAAGCAGGCUUUAGCUGCUUUCAGUUGAAAGAAGUUGGCAACACCAGGGAAAUUUCUAAAUUUUCUGAGCUGUAUAUUGGUACAGUGUCACGGGCACAAAUUUGGGGAUUAAAAAACUACUUUCCAGGUUUUUUCCUAAACUUUUCCUCUCCGAGGCUGGAUUUCAUCGCUACUUUUAGUGCGCUCGUUGGCCAGGUGUUUUAUUCCAAGGAAGAGGCUUGUUGCUCUUUGUUCUGUGUUGGGAUCUGUUGGAGCGAAAGCAUGGGAGCGCAAUUCUCUAAGACAGCUGGAAAGGAAGAAACAGCUGCAGCUUCACCCUCACCCUCCAAAGCUAACGGACAGGAAAAUGGCCAUGUGAAGGUGAACGGAGACGCAUCUCCAGCGGCUGCUGAGGAGAUAGAAGAGGUUCACGCUAACGGCAGUGCGGCAGCUGAGGAGGGAGAGAAGGCUGAGGCAUCUCCAGCUGAAAAGGAGGCUGUGGAGGGAGAUCAAGCAAACACAGAAGUGAGUGCAGCCACUGAAGAGGAGGCCGCGAAAGCUGAGGAAGACGCAACUCCAUCCACAAGCAACGAGAUGCCGAAGAAGAAGAAGCGCUUCUCUUUUAAGAAGUCCUUCAAGUUGAGCGGCUUCUCUUUUAAGAAAACCAAGAAGGAGACGGGGGAUGGAGAUGGCGGUGAGGAGGCCAAAACCGAGGGAGCUGAAGCUGUUGAAGGAGGUGUGUCAGAAGAGAAGGAGGCAGAAUCCAAACCAGAGGAGAAACCAGUAGAGGAGCCCGAGGCUGCCAGUCCUGCCCCUGAGGAGUCCAAAGAGGAUGAGAAACCCACAGCGGUGACAGAGCCUGCUCCUUCUAAGGAUGAAGCACCUGUAGCAGAGGAAUCCACUCCCACUGUUCAAGAAGCAGAAUCCAGUCCAGAGGUCCAUGCAGAAUCUGCCACAGAGUAAUGUGCACAGUGCAGAUCAACAGAGAAAGGAGGGGGGUGGCUAUUCCUGUAGCUGCGAAAAAUGGGUGGCUACAUUAAAUAAUACAGAAAAUUUUGAAUUAGUCUCUCAUAUAUAUUUUUGCAUCAGUAUUAACUGAUGGUUUAGGGGUCAAAGAGGGGUGCAGGGAUUGGGAAUGAGGGUUUUUAAUGGCACCUUGAUGACUUGCGUUACACCACAGACCAUGUAGUAGUACAAAAACAGAACGACCAUUAAUUCAUCCACUACAGUUUUCAACACUAAAGUGCUUUUUUUUUAAUAUAUAAUAACAAGCCAAUUUAACUUGCAAUGCCAAGUUUAAAACAGCAAUUUUAAAAGUCCUGGGAACUUUAAACACUUUUUUUUUUUUUUAUUUUUUUAGCUGUAACCAUCUGAAUUCAGUAGGAAAACAAUUUGCAUAUGCUUUAUGGUGUAUUGCUGGUUCUAUGAGCUUAUUAAAGUGUAAGUAUGUAUAGAAGGGGUGUUUUAACUGUGAUUGUACAAAUGAUAUCUUGAUCUCAAGAAGCACAUGCAGCUCUUCUAUCACCAAGUCUGUUUUUGUAAGUCAUCCUCAGACCAUUGGAACAUUUUUU